AACUCCAUGAUGUUUGUCGUCUUCUGUCAGUGACAGAUUCUCCUUCGCCCCGUUUGCUGUGUCAGGGAGCGGGGGUCGGGGCUCUUGGCUCCCGGUCUCGGCAUCUGUAAAGGAAUUCGUAUCAACGUUUUCCACAUCGGUUACCGUUGAUUCCAUAGCGUCUCUUGCUGCUACGGCGCUGUGUAUUUAUGUUUCCCGGUGGUUUCCAUGGAGAAGGCGUGCGAGGAGACCGGUUACCGUGGGAGGGACUAAAGCCCAGCAUUGCUUCUUUAAGUGGAUGUGCGCUAAUGACGUAACCGCACCUACUGCUAAUGCUCCACUCCGCGAGCUGCCGCUCAGCCUAGGCCAAUCAGAUGCGUAGGGUGUCCGGUAGGGGGAACGCAUGCGCAGUGUCAGAGCGGAAGUGGGGGGCGGGGUCUGGCUUCCGAUUCCAACAACAGUUCGGCAGCCAAUAUGGCGGACCUGGGCAAGAAGUAUUGCGUUUACUGCCUAGCGGAUGUAACCAGUCUGCGCCUUCGCUGCACCGAGUGUCAGGACAUUGAGCUCUGUACGGAGUGCUUCUCGGCCGGCGCGGAGAUAGGGAAUCACCGGCGGUGGCAUGGAUACCAGCUGGUGGAUGGUGGCCGUUUCACCCUGUGGGGGCCCGAGGCCGAGGGAGGCUGGACUAGCAGGGAAGAGCAGCUGCUACUCGAUGCUAUCGAGCAGUUCGGCUUUGGCAAUUGGGAGGAUAUGGCGGCCCAUGUCGGAGCUUCUCGGACUCCUACAGAAGUGAUGGAACACUAUGUCAGCAUGUAUAUCCACGGGAACCUCGGCAAAGCAUGCAUUCCCGACAGCAUCCCCAACAGAGUGACUGAUCACACGUGUCCAACGGGCGGUCCGCUGUCUCCGAGCCUCACCACGCCGCUUCCCCCGUUAGACGUGACCGUGGCGGAGCAGCAGCAGUUGGGUUACAUGCCUUUGCGGGAUGAUUAUGAGAUUGAGUACGAUCAGGACGCAGAGACCUUGAUUAGCGGGUUGUCUGUAAAUUAUGACGACGAUGACGUUGAAGUAGAACUUAAAGAAUCUUACGUGGACAUGUACGUUCGAAAACUGAAAGAGAGACAGCGACGGAAGAGCAUAGCAAGGGAUUAUAAUCUAGUGCCGACCUUUUUGGGAAAAGAUAAAAAAGAUAAAGAAAAGCCAGUAAAACGAAAAAUAUCUAAAGAGGAGAAGGAGCUCAGGCUGAAAUUAAGGGCGUUAUUUCAGUUCAUGUCCAGCAAAGAAGUCGAGGACUUCUUUGAAAACAUGCACAAGGAGCGGAUGCUUCGGGCGAAGAUCCGGGAGCUUCAGAGGUACCGCAGGAACGGGAUCACGAAAAUGGAGGAAUCGGCAGAAUACGAAGCUGCGAGACAUAAGCGAGAGAAGAGGAAGGAGAACAAAAACACAGCCGGCUCCAAGAGAGGGCGAGAAGAAGGCAAGGAAGGAGAGUUUGCUGCUAUUGAAAACCUGUCCGGCUUUGAACUCUUAUCUGAUAGAGAGAAGGUACUCUGCAACUCCUUGAACUUAAGUCCUACUCGCUACCUGACUGUGAAAACCAUAAUUAUCAAGGACCAUUUACAGAAGCGGCAGGGAAUUCCCUCAAAAAGCAGGCUGCCCAGCUAUUUAGACAAAGUCCUAAAGAAAAGGAUUUUGAAUUUCCUCACAGAAAGUGGUUGGAUAUCUCGGGAAGCAUCUUGAAAUUUUUUUUUAUUUUUGUUGUUUGUGCAUUAAGCCUUUUUUGGGCUGGAACUAAACCGUGCCGAUUAUGUUUAGUACCUGUGCAGGGGUUUUUAUGGCUUUUGUACUGCACUGUAUUUCCGAUUAGUGUCUCGGAGUGAAAGUGGAUUCCUUCACCUAGUGAAUCAAUCCCGACCUUUU